AUGGAAUGGUUAGUGAUUGGAAUAUCGGGUGUCACGUGUAGCGGAAAAACAACGUUGGCCAGAAAACUUCAUCAAGAUUUUAAAAAUUCGAUACUAUUUGAACAGGACACUUACUUUCUGCCAAUUGACAAUCCACGACAUGUUUGGGUUAAGGAAUUGAAUCACAUAAACUUUGACAUUCUUCCCAGUUUGGAUAUGAAGAAAAUGUAUUCUGACAUUCGUCGAAUUCUCGAUGAAAAGCCUUUGAAAAGUGUUGUUGGCGCGUCUGAAACGGAAAAAAAUAUUUUCAUUAUUGAAGGAUUUUUGAUAUUUGAUUACAAGCCAAUAUCGGACUUGUGUAGUCUUAAGUACUUUCUCACAUUGGAGAAAGAAGAAUGCUUUAGACGUCGUGAAUUACGAGUCUAUGAUCCACCAGAUGGACCAGGUUAUUUCGAUAAGGUUGUUUGGCCGGAAUAUGUGAAUCAUAAGACAGCGAUAAUGAAUAAUAAGGAAUUGGCGUCUAUUCAAUUUUGCGAUGCAUCGAACAGUCAGGAAGAAGUGUAUAAAACAGUUCUCAAUGAUAUAAAAAUAAAUUUAAAGAAUUAAAAUCAACUCUUAUGCUUUCACAAUUUUUAUUUAAGUAUUAUUACAAAAAUCGUUUUAAAUUGUAGAUUUUCUUUAAAUAAAAGCAAAAACAAA